CCAACAAUCGAGGAAGAAAUUGCAGCCUCCCACUUCAAAUUCAGUGACGCUCCAAAUCCUUCUUCUCUCAAGCUGCUCCUUCCUUCUGUUUUUUUUCUUUUCUCGGCCUCAGAAUCGAUGAUGCUCCAUAUUGUCAAAGAGGGGGCAGAUCUAGUCACGAGUUUUAUCAUGGUGGUAGUGGGUGGUAAUCGACACCAGUUCCGAGAAAGAAGAGUUAGAAGACAAUGAAGGGAGAGAAGAAAGUGAAGAAAGUCGUAAUUGUAUAUAUAUAUUGAGAUUACCA